AUGGACACCGAGUCCCAGUACUCGGGCUAUUCCUACAAGUCGGGCCACUCCCGCAGCUCCCGCAAGCACAGGGACCGCCGGGACCGGCACCGCUCUAAGAGCCGAGAUGGGAGCCGCGGGGACAAGUCGGUGACGAUCCAGGCUCCAGGGGAGCCCCUGCUGGACAACGAGUCCACGCGGGGGGAUGAGCGGGAUGACAACUGGGGGGAGACUACCACAGUAGUAACGGGCACCUCCGAGCACAGCAUCUCCCACGAUGACCUCACGCGCAUCGCCAAGGACAUGGAGGACAGUGUUCCGCUGGACUGCUCCCGUCACCUGGGCGUGGCCGCCGGGGCCACGCUGGCGCUGCUCUCCUUUCUCACGCCACUGGCUUUCCUGCUGCUGCCCCCGCUGCUGUGGCGCGAGGAGCUGGAGCCCUGUGGGACGGCCUGCGAGGGCCUCUUCAUCUCCGUGGCCUUCAAGCUGCUCAUCCUGCUGCUGGGCAGCUGGGCGCUGUUCUUCCGCCGCCCCAAGGCCUCGCUGCCCCGCGUGUUCGUGCUGCGCGCGCUGCUCAUGGUGCUCGUCUUCCUGCUCGUGGUGUCCUACUGGCUCUUCUACGGCGUGCGCAUCCUGGACGCCCGCGAGCGCAGCUACCAGGGCGUGGUGCAGUUCGCCGUGUCGCUGGUGGACGCCCUGCUCUUCGUGCACUACCUGGCCGUGGUCCUGCUGGAGCUGCGCCAGCUGCAGCCGCAGUUCACGCUCAAGGUCGUGCGCUCCACCGACGGCGCCAGCCGCUUCUACAACGUGGGCCAUCUCAGCAUCCAGCGCGUGGCAGUGUGGAUCCUGGAGAAGUAUUACCAUGACUUCCCUGUCUACAACCCUGCCCUCCUCAACCUGCCCAAGUCCGUGCUGGCCAAGAAAGUGUCUGGCUUCAAGGUGUAUUCCCUCGGAGAGGAAAACAGCACCAACAACUCCACGGGCCAGUCCCGGGCUGUGAUCGCCGCAGCAGCUCGGCGGCGGGACAACAGCCACAACGAGUACUACUACGAGGAGGCGGAGCACGAGCGGAGGGUGCGCAAGCGCAGGGCCAGGCUUGUGGUGGCGGUGGAGGAGGCCUUCACUCACAUUAAGCGGCUGCAGGAAGAGGAGCAGAAGAACCCGAGGGAGGUGAUGGACCCCCGGGAGGCAGCCCAGGCCAUCUUCGCCUCCAUGGCCCGUGCCAUGCAGAAGUACCUUCGCACCACCAAGCAGCAGCCUUACCACACCAUGGAGAGCAUCCUGCAGCACCUCGAGUUCUGCAUCACUCACGACAUGACGCCCAAGGCCUUCCUGGAGCGGUACCUGGCGGCCGGACCCACCAUCCAGUACCACAAGGAACGCUGGCUGGCCAAACAGUGGACGCUGGUGAGCGAGGAGCCGGUGACCAACGGGCUCAAGGACGGCAUCGUUUUCCUCUUAAAACGCCAGGACUUCAGCCUGGUGGUGAGCACCAAGAAGGUCCCCUUCUUCAAACUCUCCGAGGAGUUUGUGGAUCCCAAGUCGCACAAGUUUGUCAUGAGGCUGCAGUCUGAGACCUCGGUGUGA